AUGCCAACCAUCUCUCCUUCUAUAUCGAAUAAAGUGGGAUUAAGUAUGGAUGGUGAAUGGACGGUCGCAAGAAGAAGCAGAUGGAAAUUGCUAUCGAGAAAAGGAGAUCGACUAGGAUGGAAUCACGUCGGAGUCACGACGAUGUUUGUGUUGAACCUUCCUGAGGCGGCCAGAAAAGGAAAUCUAAAGAAUAUCUUCGCUAAAUACGGAGAGGUUGUUGAUGUAUACAUGGUGACAAAGAGAGAUGUCAAUAAAAGAUCCUUUGCAUUCGUAUGA